AUGUGGACAACUCUGAUUAUAAACCUCCUGCUGCUGCUGACUUCCCUGAUGGCUACAGGCAGACACAGCCCAGAGCAUUUCCUGGAGCAAAUAAAGAAUGAAUGUCAUUUCAUCAAUGGGACUGAGCACGUGAGGUUUAUUGGAAGACUCAUCUACAACCGCCAAGAGAUCCUGUGCUUUGACAGCGACGUAGGGGAGUUUGUGGCCUUGACUGAGCUGGGGCGGCCCAUUGCAGAGCUGAUGAACAGCCUCCUGGAGGCUCUGGAGCAAUCCCGGGCCCAGGUGGUCAGGUGCAGAGACAACUAUGGGCUGUUGGAGCCCCUGUGGACACAAAGAAGAGACGAGCCUGAAGUGACUGUGUAUCCAUCAAAGAUGGCUCCAUUAGGACACCCAAACCAGCUUGUCUGUUUUGUUACUGGUUUCUAUCCCGGUAACAUCAAUGUCAAGUGGUUCUUGAAUGGUCAGGAGGAGACAGCUGGGGUUGUGUCUACAGGCCUGAUUAGUAAUGGAGACUGGACCUUCCAGAUCCUGGUGAUGCUAGAAAUGAUCCCCAAGCACGGACAUGUCUACACCUGCCAAGUAGAGCACUCCAGCCUUCAGAACCCUAUCACUGUGGUCUGGGAAGCACCAUCCAGAUCUGUCCAGAGUAAGAUGCUGACUGGAGUUGGGGGCCUUUUGCUAGGGCUUGUCUUCUUUGGGGUUGGCUUCGCUGUUCACCUUAGGAGUCAGAAAGAUGUAACAGACUUCAGAGUGUUUUGCACUGAGGCCAUCUUCUUCUGCUGCCUCUGCCUGUUGCUACUGCUGCUGCUUCUGGAACUCUGA